UGUUUUGUUCUUUUUUUAUAUUACAUUGAAAGCUUUUCUCUUUUAGUUACAGCUUCGUUUUUCCAGGACACGCUGAGACGCCUUCAUUUGAGGUUGUAAACAGGAAGACUGGGAUGUGUAUGAUCCGGUCCUGAUUGGACGAGCGCACCGAACGGUACCAAGGCAACAGAAGUCAUCAAAACCCUCGUUGGUUGCCGUUGGAAAAUGGGCGGGGCAAAGCAAGUGACAGCACAGAGAAAACUUUGUUAGCUUACCUGCUUACUUUCCUCUAUCGCCUCUUAGGAAUGACAUUUUCUUGAAGGAGUACACCGCUAGCCCUCGUAAAGAUGAAUUGCCAUGAUGAGGAGGAUGGCCCUUUGUGUAAAUGGCCGAGUGUGCUCAGUCCCUACAGCAAAAGUGAAUUUACUGCACGAGUGCAAAAGUUUGUGGAGGAGAGGAUGCAGACCACCAUGCUUACUGGUGCACUGAUAGGAGCAGCAGUUGCAGUCUCACUUAUCGGGAUUGUGGUUCUCUUCCUUUACCGGAGGUUUAAGCUUGCUCGAGAACAACAGUCUGGUGUCCCGCAUUAUCGCUUCAGAAAACGAGAUAAAGUGCUCUUCUAUGGACGCAAGAUAAUGCGAAAGGUCCAGACUCUGUCCUCGAUUCCUCCUCCCCCAUCUACCUCAGUGUCAAAGCAACCACAGCGAAUACGUAAAAGAACCAAAGUUCUAAGCAUAGCUCGCAAAAUACUGAGGAUCCGUAAAGAUCCCCCCACACUACAGCCAAAGGAACCGCCUCCCUCCCUGCUGGAGGCUGACCUGACGGAGUUUGAUGUACAGAGUUCAAACCUGCCCUCAGAGGUCCUCUACAUGCUGAAGAAUGUCAGGGUCUUGGGUCAUUUUGAGAAACCGCUUUUCCUUGAGCUGUGUCGGCACAUGGUGUUCAUCGAGCUGCAGGAGGGGGAAGUUCUUUUCAGACCAGGAGAUGAUGAUGAUAGCAUUUUUGUGGUCCAAGACGGACAACUGGAGCUCUGCAUCCAGGAGAACGAUGGUACAGAGCCAGUCGUAAAGGAUGUGCACCCAGGAGACAGCGUCCACAGCCUACUCAGUAUUCUGGACAUCAUCACUGGUUAUCCUGCUCCAUACAAGACUGUCUCUGCCCGGGCAGCUACUCGCUCCACCAUCCUACGUUUACCUGCAUCAGCCUUUGAGUCUGUGUUUAAGAAAUACCCAGAAACGCUUGUUCGUGUCAUUCAGAUAAUCAUGGUGCGCCUCCAAAGAGUCACCUUCUUGGCGUUACAUAACUAUCUGGGCCUCACAACUGAGCUCUUCAAUCCGGAGAGUCAAGCUGUGCCCUUGACCAACAUAAACAGCAUGAUAGUGGAGUCAAAUUCGGGGAAAACCGUCCGUCGUUUGCACUUUCAGGACGAGUUACCUCCUGGGACCACAGAAAGCCCCACCGAGACAGAUGGCGGAAAGGACAGCCCUUCAAACAGUCACAGGAAGCUGCGAUCCACAUCAGUGCCCACCGACUGUGCAGGUAAUGACCUCAACAUGGCUUGUGAGCGAGCUAGAGUUACCAUAGAGGAGGCUCCACCCAGUCCAGUCAUCCCUCCCAAAUCCAGUCUGAAGAAGAGUGUGACAAUGCAGCACACUCCCUCUGAAGUGUUUCACUACACAGACAGCGGGGGGCACUCUGAUGCCAUCCACCUCAGUAAGAGCUGCACGAUCCUGCAGGCUGCCAAGAAGGACCUGCUGGGGAUCAUCCAGCUGCAGGACCCCAGUCUACUCGAAGGCAGAGUGACCCUGCAUCAAGUCAAAGCUGGUUCUGUGGUGGCUCGUCAAGGAGACCAGGAAGUGAGCAUCCAGUUUGUCAUUUCUGGCCUCCUCCAUGUUUACCAGCGGAUGAUUGACCGUGAAGAAGAGACGCGUCUGUUUGUGACGCACCCAGGAGAGCUUGUCGGUCAGCUCGCUGUCCUGACCGGAGAGCCGCUCAUCUUCACUGUUCGAGCCCAGCGAGACUGCAGCUUCCUCUCCAUUUCCAAGACCCACUUCUAUGAGAUAAUGCGAGUUGAGCCAAAGGUUGUUUUGAACGUGGCUCACACAGUGGUGAAGAGGAUGUCGUCUUUUGUCAGACAGAUAGACUUUGCUCUUGAUUGGAUGGCUGUGGAAGCUGGUAGAGCGGUCUAUAGGCAGGGGGAGAAAUCAGACAGCACUUUCAUUGUGCUGAGUGGUCGACUGCGCUCUGUCAUCCUGAAGGAGGAUGGCAAGAAGGAACUGAUAGGAGAGUACGGUCGUGGGGACCUGAUUGGAGUGGUGGAGGCCCUGACCCAUCAGAACAGAGCUACCACAGUACACGCCGUACGCGACUCCGAGCUCGCAAAGUUACCAGAAGGAGCGCUCAGCUCCAUCAAGAGGAAGUUCCCACAGGUUGUCACCAGGUUGAUCCACUUACUCGGACAGAAGAUCCUCCAGCAGGUCAAUGGUCCUCUGACAGCACGUAGUUUGGCUCUGCACACCCCAGGCAGCAAGUGGGAUGCAGGAAACCAAGCCUCCAACCUUUCCACUGUAGCAGUCCUGCCUGUUUCAGAAGAGGUGCCUUUGACUGCCUUCACUCUGGAGUUGCAGCAUGCACUCACUGCAAUAGGUCCCACUCUUCUGCUGACAAGUGAUAUCAUCAAACAGCGACUUGGAGCUGCCGCAUUAGACAGCGUGCAUGAGUACCGUCUGUCCAGCUGGCUGGGCCAACAGGAAGACAUCCAUCGCAUUGUUCUUUACCAAACUGACUACACACUGACCCCGUGGACACAGCGUUGCAUCCGUCAGGCUGAUUGCAUCAUCAUAGUGGGACUUGGAGAGCAGGACCCUGCCGUUGGGGAGCUGGAGCGUAUGUUAGAAGGCAGCGCAGUGCGGGCCCAGAAGCAGCUGGUGCUUUUGCACAGAGAAGACGGCCCACCACCCAAAGGGACCGUGGACUGGCUCAACAUGCGAAGCUGGAUCUCCAGACACCUACACCUGUCUUGUCCCCGAAGGGUCUUCUCCAAGAGAAGCCCACCCAAACUGUUGGAGCUGUAUCAGCGUGUGUUUGAGAAACCAGCAGAUCGCCAUUCAGACUUCUCCCGCCUUGCUCGAGUCCUCACAGGAAAUGCUAUUGCACUUAUCCUGGGAGGAGGGGGAGCCAGGGGCUGUUCCCAGGUGGGGAUAAUGCGAGCUUUGUGUGAAGCUGGUAUCCCAGUGGACCUCAUUGGUGGUGUCUCGAUUGGUUCCCUAAUGGGGGCGCUGUAUGCUGAGGACCGUAGCCAUAGCCGCAUGAGGAUGAGAGCCAAGGAAUGGGCAAUGGAAAUGACAUCAGUGUUUAAGAAGGUUCUGGAUCUGACAUACCCAAUCACCUCCAUGUUUUCAGGCGCUUCCUUCAACUCCAGCAUCAGCAAUGUCUUCAAAAGCAAACAGAUUGAGGACCUUUGGAUCCCGUAUUUUAAUAUCACUACCGACAUCACUGCCUCAGCCAUGAGAGUACACACUGAUGGCUCCCUGUGGCGGUACGUCCGUGCCAGCAUGUCUCUAUCUGGAUACCUGCCUCCUCUCUGUGACCCCAAAGACGGACACCUGCUGAUGGACGGAGGCUACAUCAACAACCUGCCAGCUGAUGUGGCUCGCUCCAUGGGGGCCAAAGUGGUGAUAGCUAUCGACGUGGGCAGCCGGGAUGAAACCAACCUCACUAAUUAUGGCGAUGCGCUCUCUGGCUGGUGGCUGCUAUGGAAACGCCUCAACCCCCUGGCAGAGAAAGUAAAGGUGUUAAACAUGGCAGAGAUUCAGACGAGGUUGGCCUACGUGUGCUGCGUGAGGCAGCUAGAGUCUGUGAAGAACAGUGACUACUGCGAGUACAUCAGACCUCCAAUUGACAGAUACAGGACUCUGGAGUUUGGAAAGUUUGAUGAGAUUGCUGAGGUGGGAUACCAGCAUGGAAAGACCGUGUUUGACGUGUGGAGUCGCAGCGGAGUGGUGGAAAAGAUGAUGAAAGACAGACAUCAGGAGGAGUUUCACAACACACAAAGCAAGAACAAUGUGGUUACAUGUCCCAAUGCAUCUUUUACUGACUUGGCUGAAAUUGUGUCCCGUAUCGAGCCCGUCAAAUGUCCAGUGGUGGAUGAGGAGUCAGACUACCACACUGACUAUGAGGAGGAGGCUCUGGAGAGCGCUCUGUCUGACAUGGAGCUAUACAAUCAGUGCCACGAAGAGCACACUGAAGGGGAGGAGACGGCUGACACGGAUGAAGAACUGGAAGAAAGAGGUGCACACCGCAUCACCUCAGUCACCAGCAGCCACCCUCCUACUGCAUCCAUCAGUCCACUUCACAUGCCAUCAAACCAGGAAGUCCUUUCCAAGAAGUCCAUUAAGUGAAGAGUGGCCUGAUGAACUCCACUCUCAAACAGGUCAUCUUGAUUUAACCUGCCUGUCUCUCUCAUGUUUCACCCUCCGUCCAUCCCGCACGACUUCAAACCUGGUCUCUGACCCUGAGACUGUCAGCAUGACAGAUUAGCAUUUUGCCCUCGGUAGCAUGGCCUCGUUAAUUGUGUGGCUGACGGAACAACAGAUGGUCCUUCUCAAAAAAACACAUGGAGCUGGCAUGAAAGUUUAUCAACUGUAGGUCCUAGGCAUUCCUAUUCUACAAUAGCAGCUGCAGUCAUUUCUCAUAUUGAGAUACUCCAUGAGGCUUUACAGAAAUCACAACAAUGCAGUGAAGAUAGAAAUACAGGUAUUAUUUCCAUGAAAUAUUUAUUACAUAAACCACGGUAGAAUGUAUAAAUGUUUGUAAAUUACAGUUAGAGGACAGAAAGUAGGUGUUAGGCUUUGAUUUAAGUUAGUUAACUUUCUCCAACUUGAGACACGCAGACACAUUUCCAAGAGUUUUUAAGUAUUCAUCUCUGAGAUUUCUGCCAGACUUAAAAAUAAAUGCCAACAUUUCCAAAGGAAUAGAAAGAAAAAAAUAUACAGUAUUUCUGCCUUUUUGGCUAACUUUGUAGUUUUUAAUAAUAAUUUAUUUAUUUUUGGCUGUUGACACUUCUGCAAGCUGCAGAGGAUCCCUCAAAAAACUGUUAAUUCAGUUUUGUAUUGGCAUGAAUGUAACAUUGACAACAAUGUCGUGCAUCAGAAUGCGAUGCUUUAUUUGUCUAAGGGAGAAAAAAUGCUCUUUGGUUGAGCUGCUCACAGUGGACAUUAUUUAUCUAAAUAAUCUGCAGAAUACUUUGGAAGUAGAAUUGGAAUUUCAAAAUACAUAAUUAAGAAAACAUAAAUGUCACAUGCAGACCUGUAAGUGGCCCACUAUGUUUUCUCUGGUCUGCUGCCCAUCAGCACUUUACAUCCUGUUGAUCCUAUGAGAUGAUAAUGUAACUCCAGAGUUUCCAUGGUAGAAGGACUGGUAGGAUAACACGCCCUUAAAUGUUUUGUACACUUGUUUUCCUAAUGAUCCUCUCCAACACUCCAUCUCCAAACUUGUCUAAAACCAGAAAGAACAUGACGAGCAGAGCACUGUCAGCCCAGUUCAGUUUUAUCCAGGUUGUCGGGCUGUGGAGGGGAGUAAUGACAGUAAUCCACUUCAAAGCACAAGUUUCCCUCUCAGCUGGCCGGUCCUCCCAUCUGUUUCUGGCUUGAAUCUAUCAGACUCUGAGUGAGCAACAGACAGUGAAGAUCUGUUGGCUGAACUCCGUAGCUCCACUUAUUUCCGUACAGAUUUUGUCAAGGAGCUGUUUGCAGCAGGAGCAGGCUGGUUUUUUGCAGGAACAUGCUGUUACACAAGUUAUUUGACUUGUUAAGACGGAACUUAGCUUAUUCUACUUACAUGUUUGGAUCAAGUUUUCACUUUUGGAUCAGUAAGGGAAAAAAAGGUCUAAAAUUGAUGCAAAAAAUGUGUUUGUCAAAAAAAGUAAUUUGUGUGUUGAUGUGUUUUUGUUAUCAAUCUACACCAGUGUAGCCCUAGAAGAUGCUAAACAGCCACAUCAGCUUGACAAUCAUUCCAGAUAUGUAACACUAUGCACUAAUGAACUAACAAAGCAAGUUAUAACCACGUUUAACAUGCCUCUAUAUAUGAAAGAGGGUAAUCUCAUCACAAGUAGGGCUACAAACAGUUAUUUUGUAGUAUGUAUGUGUGACCAUCUCAAACAGCUUUUCAAUUAACAAAAUAAUCUUUGACUAUUUAAUGUCAGAAUAGUGAAAGGAGAAAUCAAAAUGGACCCUGGUGACAUUUUUAAAUUGUACGUUUUCCCUUAAACAAACAGUUAAAACCCAAAGAUCUCCUGUAGCUGUAUAGUGAUUCUCUGGAAAAAAGAACAAACCCACAAAUCUGAAAAGUUCUGACAUUUUCUGCCUCAUGGGGAAAACAACUAAAGUUGUUGAUCGUCAUGUAGUGAAAUGCAUUUUGUAUUGUUUCAGCCUUAAUUUACCUCAUAACUCUGCAUUAGAAACAUUAUCUUCAAGCAGCCCUUAAAUCAGCUUUUUAUAGAAUAGACCAAAUUCCCACUGCAGCCAUUUUCCUGUGACGGCACACUUAGAGUAUGACAAUAUUGUGAUCGCUACUAUGGAUGUUCCCUGGAUACCAACUCCUAUUCCAGUUGAGCUCAGAUUUUACACACUUUUAGACAAGUAGAAUAAAAUGAAGAAAAACAGUCAGAAAAGAGCAUAACUACUGCCUACCUUCAAUUCUCCUUGCAGGUUAAUAUCCACAUACCUGUGCUUAAUAUGUUAGAUCGAUUGUAGGCCUGAAUUUAUAGAAAAAAAUGUAUCAAUAAAAAGCCUAACCAACUAAUGCAGUAAAAUCUAAAAUCUAGUAGAAUAUAAUCUUACCCUAAAGGUGACAUCGUGGGAAUAUGGUCUACUAUCACAAAGCACACAACUUUAUUAUACAGACUCAGACUUAUGACAUCUCAGUUCUUAAAUUCAUUUUUCCUUACUGCCUGGCAAAAAUGAUAAAAUACGCAUGAGCUAGAAUCAGCAAGCCAAUAAAUGAAGCUGUGAUCAUUAGAAUAUCAAUGCAACAUUUUCUUUUUACUUGAUUGUGCACUGUGUGAGCCUCCCUGUAUGAGGCUGCGAUCUGAGGUCAUACUGGUGCUACAGUGCCUGCAGCCUUACAUAUGUAGACAGUGGUAGGGACUCUGUCAUAAACACCACUGGGAUCCCAUAUGGUGUGGGUCUGACAGAAUCUGCAUGCAAUGGAUGAGAACAAGACAGGAAUUGGAAAAGUUUGCAGUUUAGCAAUGAGGUAAUGUUUUUUGUAUUUUGUUUUUUUUUUGUGGCGGUCAUUCUGUACUUUUGGGUUGUUUCCAAAAAGCAAGCACAAUAAAUUGAUGUUGUCUGGCAGGAUGAAUGUUUGACUUCCUUAUUAAAUGGGACAUGGUAAUGGAUGAGAGCCUUAUGUAAUGUGUGGAUCUGUGCCACAGAGUUAAUGUAACAAAGCCUUAGAUGAUGAAAUGGAAAUAAGAAACCACUUGUGCCCUGAUUUUGGCAUACAUUUUGAUCACUAAAAAACAUUUAUGAAUGAAGUUUACCUACAAGCCUGUAAUGUAUCAUACCUGUUAUGUGUCUAUAUAUUUAUGUUAUUUGAUAAAUGUUUGUUUUUGAUAUUUGAUUUUAACUAAUAAACCACUUUAGCUGUUA